GAGCAAACCGACCAAUAUUAUGACAGAGGGCACCGCGGCCUCGGUUGGAUGUUUAGAUAAUACGCUGGACGGUUUGAGCGAGCAGCAGGAACAGCUGGAACACGCCCUGGAACAGGGCACGGUCGGUGUUCGAAUCGAGGUCACAAGCGCACCAGCGGCAGAUUCCGUCGAGCUAAUCGCCAUCGGCAAGGACGAGCACGGCCAGGACGAGCACGCACAGUCUCGAGACGUCCAACAGCAAGCGGUCACGAUGUCGCAGGGCAACAAACAGGUAGCGAAGACGGAAAAGGACCUCCCCGAGCGUGGCUCGUGGGGGUCAAAGCUUGACUUUAUCCUGUCGGUCGUCGGGUUGGCGAUCGGGUUGGGUAACGUGUGGCGUUUUCCGUACCUAUGCUACAAGAACGGUGGCGGUGCCUUCCUGAUUCCGUACUUUGUCACACUCUUCCUGGCCGGUAUACCGAUGUUCUUCAUGGAGCUGGCCCUCGGCCAGAUGUUGACCAUCGGUGGGCUGGGUGUGUUCAAGAUUGCGCCCAUUUUCAAAGGUAUUGGCUAUGCAGCAGCCGUCAUGUCUUGUUGGAUGAACGUGUACUACAUCGUCAUCCUUGCCUGGGCCAUAUUCUACUUCUUCAUGUCACUGCGUGCAGAUGUGCCCUGGCGCACGUGCGAUAACGCGUGGAACUCGAUCAACUGCGUCAAUCCGUACGAUCGCAAGGACUUGAUUUGUUGGAAAUCGCUGGGCGCCAAUGCGACGGUCACGAAGAUUUGCUCGCUCAACUCGAACAACGUGUCCAUCAACGAUAUGGCCGAUCCCGUCAAGGAGUUCUGGGAGCGCCGUGCGCUCAUGAUCUCGAGUGGUAUCGAUCAGGUCGGUUCGAUUCGCUGGGAACUCGCCGGAACGCUGCUGUUGGUGUGGAUCCUGUGCUACUUCUGCAUCUGGAAGGGCGUCAAAUGGACCGGCAAGGUCGUGUACUUCACCGCUCUGUUCCCGUACUUCCUGCUGACGAUCCUGCUGAUCCGUGGCAUCACACUGCCCGGUGCCUUCGAGGGUAUCAAGUUCUACGUGAGCCCGAAUCUGUCGAAACUUACCGAAUCCGAGGUGUGGAUAGACGCAGUGACACAGAUUUUCUUCUCGUACGGUCUCGGUUUGGGUACACUGGUCGCUUUGGGAAGCUACAAUAAGUUCAACAACAACGUCUACAAAGAUGCUCUGAUUGUGUGUACGGUCAACUCGAGCACGAGUAUGUUCGCCGGUUUUGUGAUCUUCUCCGUCGUCGGGUUCAUGGCCCACGAGCAGCAGCGUCCGGUGGCGGAAGUGGCCGCAUCCGGGCCAGGUCUCGCGUUCUUGGCUUAUCCCUCGGCCGUCCUACAGCUUCCGGGAGCACCACUAUGGUCGUGUCUGUUCUUCUUCAUGCUGUUACUGAUCGGUCUCGACUCGCAGUUCUGCACCAUGGAAGGCUUCAUCACGGCCGUGAUCGACGAAUGGCCACAUUUGCUGCGUAAGCGUAAGGAGAUUUUCAUCGCGUUCGUAUGUUUCAUCAGUUACCUCGUUGGUUUGACGUGUAUUACGGAGGGCGGUAUGUAUGUGUUCCAAAUCCUCGACUCGUACGCGGUCAGUGGCUUCUGUUUGCUGUUCCUGAUGUUCUUCGAGUGUGUCUCGAUCUCGUGGGCUUACGGUGUGGAUCGUUUCUACGAUGGCAUUAAGGACAUGAUCGGCUACUACCCGCUGUCCUGGUGGAAGUUCUGCUGGGUCGUCACCACUCCUGCCAUCUGUGUCGUAAGUAACGCUGGGAAACUCCCGGCACAGGUAACAUUUGAAGCAACACGUUGGCCAAAAGUAAUCGAGUGAUGUAUGUGCGAGGAUCGAGUGAAUGAGUUAUUUCAGAUAUCGUCCUUUGACAAACUAUCCUUCGCGAGUUCAUCGAACAGGUAAUUUUUGGGUAAAUACCUGGGGCGUCACAUUUUGCUUGGUGGGAGAUAUUUACUUUAUUUUAGGUAUCUCUAUUUGAAGGACGGCUUUAAGGAUACAUCCGAUCAGACUUAUCGGAGACCCAUUUUCAAUGGAGCUGUCAAAAUUCGUUAUAAACUUGAUGUACCUAGUCACAAUUGAAUAAAACAUUA